CGAGACUGUGAGUGUGUGGGGCAGGAGAAGUAGGUGCUGUGGGACACGUAGUCAGGGGCUGAAUCAGCAGAAACGGGCAGCAGCGAAGCCAGUGAGAAGUGAAAAGAUGUCAACAAAUCGAGGAAGUCAAGUGCGCACCAAAAGAAAUUCCACCACGAAUUUGCUCGUUCAGGCGAAACGCCCAAGAUAUGACACCCAGGUGGUGCCCAGCCUGGACGCCAGUGAGGGCGUGGAGGAUUCGGAGUUGGCCAGCAAGGUGUGCCUGAAGAGUAUUCCCAGGAGUGGCACUCCUGUCAACCGGAAGAUCAUGAAACGGGCAGGUCCGUACAUUCUGGGCCCGAAGCUGGGCAACGGUCCAGUGGAGAGCAUCGCACAGUACCUGGCCAGGAAGGAGAACACUGGAGACUACUAUCAACUCAAGAUCCUCGUCCUCAACGCCCAACCGGGAUGCGUGAAGUCACAAGAGGACGAAAAGCAGGGAAAAUUACUCCUGCACUCGGAAUACCAACUCCUGACCAUGCUGCAGAACGAGGAGGGCAUUAUUCGCUCCCAUGAGCUCUUCAGUGACAUUGCAUUUGAGGAGGAACCAGUGCCGGGAAAGGUGUCCGAAUACGUUUACACUGGUAAACUGAAGAGGCGGAUAAUUCUCGUAGUCGACUGUGUCACUGCGCACGAGUUCUGCGAUAAGACUUCAGUAUUUAUCAACUUGCAGCAAUAUCUUAUCAGGGAGAAAACACUGUCGGAGAACCGCACGCUCCUCAUCUUUUACGAGAUCAUCAAGAUUGUGGAGAAUCUCCAUCGGAAGAAUAUUGUGCAUCGUGACCUGAAGCUGGGCAAUAUUGUGUACAACACACUCACGCAAAAGGUCAUCGUGACGAAUUUCUGCUUAGGCAAGCAUCUGCUCAACGAGAAUGACUACCUGAGGGAUCAACGAGGCUCUCCGGCGUACAUUUCGCCGGACGUUUUGGGAGCAUCGAGUCAGACACCGUACAAGGGAAAGCCUUCAGACAUCUGGGCGCUGGGAGUUGUGCUCUUCACGAUGUUGUACAGUCAAUUUCCGUUCUUCGAGACCACGCCAGCGGCGCUGUUCAAGCGUAUCAAGUCAGCAGACUACAAAAUCCCGAAGAACACGAAGGUGUCGGAGGAGACACAGUAUCUGAUCAAAAACAUGCUGCACUUGAAUCCAGAGGAGCGUCUCACGGCCUCGGAGAUUCGGGAUAAACUCGAGGGCAUCAUGAGUGGGAAGCGACAGCAAGUGCUGCAGGUGGAUCAGGUGGUGCCGGAGAAUAAUGUGUGCGUGGAGGAUGUACAGAUGAAAAUCAAUCAGCCAGAUCCCACGCUGUCUAGUAAAGCGUUCACGGGACUUCUGGAUAAGGUGAUGAAUAGCACUACGAGUAGUCUGCUGAAGCCGCCGAACAUCUCUGUACAGCGUCUAGGUAGAGAUGCCAGGCGGCUUACGCCAGACGAACUGGGGCAAUUUCAGGGAUUGAUCAGGAAUAUGACAGACAGCAUAGGGAGGAAUAGGAAUCCCAGCUCGGCGCACAUUAAUCAGCAGAUGAGCAAUCUGUCGAUUAGAAACCGAACUGAUCGACAAAUCGCAAUUGUGCCCAGGCAGGAGGUGCGACGCGGUGGCGUAACUGAACUCAAUGGCAAUGGGACUCUCCAUCAGUUCUGCAUGCGCUCCAUUGUCAACACAGGACUGCAGCUGUACUACAACAACAUCAACCAGACGGCGAGUGGUUCGACGGGAGGACAGCAGAGCGCCCCCGCUCAGGGUGGGAAUAGCUCGAGUGGAGGCUUUGAGUUCUGGAAUCGCCGACGAUCUGUUGAUCGAUUGGCGAAUUGGCUCUCGAAUCUCCGGACAAUGGUGGCCACGCGGCGGAGCAAUGCCAUCCGUCUGGAUGAGCCCGCGCUGCGGCUGUUCUGUGCAAUGAACAAGAUGUACAAUCAGGGACGCAUCCCGUCGCCCAACGCAGACAGCCUCCAGGAGUUCAGUGGCGUGGUGACGAAUGACUUGGCGGAGAAGAUCGGCGAGUGGCUGAUUGCCGACUAUAGCAAUUUGGCAAUCGUGCGGGAUAUUUUUGGUGGCUCAACGGUAAAUGCCAAAGACAAAGUGUUUGAGAUACUGCGUCGCUGCGGUGUCCAAAUGGAAGUCACCAACGGAGUGACGGAGAUCAAGAGGGCCCAGACCAUUGAGAUGCUCAUCAUUCUCGCCUACAUGCUGAAAGCUUCGGGCUACAACAAUUCCUACUUCGUCUCCUGAAGCAGUGCAGCUGGUAUUGUGAACUGGACAGACUCUCCUGGGGAUCCAGGAAGCUGAGAGUCACGGGACUCUGGCUCAUGAGAAAAAUACCGCGUGUGAUGUAAAGAGUAAAAAUAAAAAGUAUAUAUAUAUCUCAACUGUGAGGCAUUUAAAUAUAGGCAU